CUCAGAAUUUGGCUUAAACCCAAUUUUCAGGAAUGGGCAUGUAAAACAUCAGUUUUAACCAUUAUACUGCAGCGAGAAGUAACUUUGGUCGUAGGGUCCUGAAGACCAGUUCAGCGAGGCUUUUAGCAUGGCAUCCGAAACAGCUGAUGUAACUCCUGAGAUGGAGCAAGGGCGUCCCUCCACGCCCAGCCGGGCACAACCAGCCUCCGUACCAAGACGAGAGCCAACCACCGUUGGCCAGCAGUUGUCAUCGGGAGGAGAGGGUAGUGGCUUCCGUUCAAGCGUCACUAGGGACGAGGGAGACGGAGCACCAGUCAGUGAAACGACCCUGCCCACUGACCCCUCGACCGCUCGGCAUAUCCCUUAUGUCAAGGAACGUCCCAGGCCGUUUUCUGUCCAGGUGGAGUUUGACAUGGUCCAGUUCAUCUUGUUUAUCAUUGCACUGUGUACGCGGAUGUGGAGGCUUGAGCAUCCUAAUGGGAUCGUUUUUGAUGAACUCCACUACUUGCACUUCACACAUCUCUACCUCAACGGGACAUUCUUCUUCGACCAUCAUCCUCCGCUUGCCAAGAUGUUAUUCGCAUUCGCUGGCUACCUCAGUGGUUAUACGCCGACGAAGAACUACGAUAACAUUGGCCUUGAAUUCAGCCCGGAUGUGCCCAUCUGGUACCUGAGGUUCGUGCCCGCCUUCCUUGGGAGUCUCCUGGUGCCCGCGGUCUAUCAGAUCAUGGUCGAGAUGAAAAUGAGUCGGUGGACUGCUGCCAUCGCCGCCAUUCUGGUCAUCGCUGAAAACUCGUUUCUGGUGCAGUCUCGUCUGAUGAUGGCGGAGAGUCUGGUCUUAUUCCUGAGCGCAGCCGCCCUCCUCACAUUAUUGAAGUUUAGGAAUCUCUCACAUCGGCCGUUUACGCCGCCCUGGUGGACAUGUUUAGUGUUGCUGGGAGUUUGCAUGGCCUGUUGUAUUGCCACGAAGUAUAUUGGUUCCAUGACCGCUUUACUGGUGUUGAUUAUCAUCUCCCGAGAUCUCUGGUCCAUGCUCGCAGACGUGACAAUCUCAGACAUGACCUUAUUUAAACACACAGCUUCCCGAAUCUUGUGUCUCCUAGUCUUACCGUUCACUAUCUAUAUUGGAAUCUUCUAUGCGCAUCUUAGCAUUCUAACGAAAGCCGGGCCUAACAACCAGAUGAUGACGAGUCAGUUUCAAGCCAGCUUGGAGGGUGGCCUCGCCGCCAUCACCAUGGGCCAGCCCCUGUACAUCUCAUACGGCUCCCAGAUCACGCUGCGACACACGUUCGGCCCGCCAUGCUGGUUACAUUCCCACAAUGCCGUCUACCCGAUCCGCUAUGAGGACGGCCGCGGCAGCAGUCACCAGCAACAGGUCACGUGUUACAGCUACAAAGACGUUAAUAACUGGUGGCUCGUAAAACAUCCGGGAAAAAAUGUUACAGUGGUUCAAGACCCACCGCCUAAGAUUAAACAUGGCGAUGUUGUCGAACUUCUUCAUGGUAUAACGGGUAGGCUCCUUAACAGCCACGACGUUGCCGCGCCAAUCUCGCCCAUGAACCAGGAAGUGAGCUGCUACGUCGACUACAAUGUGUCAAUGACGCCACAGAAUCUCUGGCGCGUUGAGAUUAUGAAUAAGGACACGGAGGGCGAAUAUUGGCAGACAAUUCGAUCACAUGUGCGUUUGGUCCACGUCAAGACUGAACAGGCUCUCAAGCUCACUGGCAUGCAUCUGCCUGAAUGGGGUUUCAACCAACUCGAGGUCGCCACGGAUAAAGACACCGGUCAGGAGUCAGUCGUUUGGAACGUGGAGGAGCAUAAGUAUACCUUAGCUGAGAAUGACAAAACGGAACAGGAAGUGUUAAAAUCCUCGGAGUUCAUCCCGACUGAACCGAUGCAUCUGACGUUCUGGCAGAAGUUCUCUGAGCUGCAGAUGAAGAUGUGGAUGGUGCGUGUUGACGAGGAGAUGGACCAUCGCUUCAGCUCGACGCCCUUCGACUGGCUCGUUGACGAUCGCAACAUUGGAUACUGGUUGAGUCCCAGUGGAAAUGCACAGAUUCACCUCAUUGGUAACGUCGUCUCUUGGUACUCUGCACUCCCUGGCUUCAUUCUCUUUGUCUUGGCGUUUGUCAGCAUCGUCUUGGCGAGGAAGAGAGCUUUAACUUUCGUACCAGAAGAUUACCUGGAGCACAUGCAGUUUAUAGCAGAGCUGCUCAUCGGGGGCUACCUCCUGCACUACAUUCCAUUCCAUCUGGUCGAGUCGACCUACUUCCUGUAUCACUAUCUCCCGGCUGUCUUAUUCAAGCUCAUGUUUGUGGCGGUGCUGAUGGAGCAGGCGUACCUUCUCAUUGCAUCUAAUCCGAGGCUGCAUCACCUGGCUGUUGGCCUCAUCGGUUUAUGGCUGUUUGCAGUCGUCAUGGUCUUCUAUAGAUUCCUCGGUGUAACCUAUGGACUUGUCAACUACACCAAAGAGCAACUGAUGGCCUUAGCACUUAAGUCCACAUGGGACUUUGUCCUGAGAUCCUAGACUUGAUUUAACACCUAAUCUACAGGAAUGGAGGACCUAUGGCUACAGACUUCAGACAAAUGUCUCUAACACACACUUAAGAAAAAUCCACUAAUACACAAUGCCGUAGUGUAGUUGUUAUGAAUACAAAUUUGUUUGAACUUGGUAUUCAUAGUAUUUGUAUAUCGGGCUACACAACGGCAAUGUUUAAAUUUGUAUUUAGGAUGUGUUUCCGCAAUUGGAAAUUUUUUAAUUCAAUUACAAAUUCAAAUUUUAACAAACGGCGUAAGCCUUUAAGGUAAUAAAGGCCAGUGAAGUACGUAUUUGCCGUAAUAAAUUCUAGUCUUCAUUGUUUACAAAAAUAGCCAAAUCAUUCUGGUGCCACAUUUCCAACGAGAUUUUUUGCUCAUCUUGAGGCCGUUUUAUAACAAGAUUUUAUUUGAAAAUGUCAAAUCUUAUUUAAGUUAUUAAAGAGGGAUAACAGGCAGAAGCUAGUUGGUCAA